AUGACCAACAGCAGCGAGGAAUGUGAUUUUACAGCCGUCGACAGCUUAGCGAAGACUCUGCAGCUGGGGAUUUCCAUCCCCACCUUCAUUCUUGGGCUAGUUCUCAAUGCCCUGGCCCUCUUCGUGUUCUGCUGCUUUUGGAAGAAACAGACCAAAACCUCAGUUUACAUGAUCAAUCUGGCACUUGCGGAUGUCCUGCUGCUUCUCUCGCUGCCACUGAAGUUGUACUACUCUGUUACAAAAGCACCCGGGCUCCUGUGCUCCUUCAUACAGGCUCUUUACUUCGUCAACACGUAUGUCAGCAUCUUCAUCAUUGUCUGCAUCACUGUUGACAGAUACAUCUGCAUAAGGCACCCCUUUGAAGGUCGAGCUAACCAAUCCCCCAGGUGGGCUGUCUUGAUUUGCUGUGUUGUCUGGGCAGUAGCUUGCAUUUGCAGCAGCCCACUGUAUGUGUUUCACAAGAAAGAUCCUUUCAUGUGCUUUCACAACAUGUCAGAUGAGGCGUGGAGUGUCCCUCUCAUUGUUUCCGUGGAAAUAUUUGGAUUUUUGAUCCCCCUUGCAGUGAUGGUUUUCUGCUCUGCUCAGAACAUCUGGAUUCUUCUGAAUCACAAAAGCCAAGCCAAAAAGAAGGUAGAAGGCAGUGGCUCCUUACGAGUAAUUAUCAUCAACCUCGUGGUGUUUUUGGUAUGCUUCACGCCCGUCCACCUGGCCAUCUGCCUGCAGUGCCUGGUGAGACAGCGUGUGAUAGGGGACUGCAGCCUGAAACAAAGCAUCAGCCUCUUCAUUCAGGUGUCUAUGCUGUUUGCCAACCUGAACUGCUGCCUGGAUGCCAUCUUCUACUAUUUUGCUGCAGAAGAAUUUCGUGAGAAAACACACCUGAAAAAAGUUAUUGAACCAUGUCCUGUGUUUAGGCCUUGUGCCAGGUGAUGGCACUGCCAGCAGUGGAAGAACCUUUUCCUUGGCUCCCCCUUACCUCACAGGACACUGACAGCUUUAUCCCUGGCACCGCAGGAGGGUCAUGGCAGGGAGGGUGCCACAGGGAGAAGGACAAUGUUUUUCCAGUGAAUGU